AUGGACUACUUGUGCCCAACCUGUGAGGCCCCACCAAGGCUCAGGGGGCUUGUUCAGGUCAUACAGCUCUACCAAGGCUCUUUCAACAUACUCUCCUCCUCUAUUCGUGAAUAUAAUUUGAGAGUUUCUGGCGUCAAGAAAGCAAAGGCACGGAAGAAACCGCUCCUUCUCUACUUCCCCCCAGCCCCCCGCGGGCCGAGCCCGACUCACCCUCAGCUCCCGAGCAGCCCCCACAAACCAAAGAAGCGAAUAGGAAGAGUCACCCCUUCCGGCAUCUGCCUGAUCCAGACCAAACCAGUUACCCUGCGUGCUCCCACUCCCUCCCCCUCCAGUCUGGAUCUCCAACGCUCCAACGAACCACCGCCCAAGCCAACCCGUCACCAACCCGUCACCAACCCGAAGCAUUCUCGCCGCUCCUUGGAACCGCCCCACCACGACGCCCCGACUAGGAUUGGACUAGUCUUCCGGAGGAGCGGAAGCCUGAGGGCGGUACUUCCGACUUGCCGGGGUAGUUUGGAGCCAGUAGAGGACGUCGUCUGGGUUCGGUAUCCCCCGACCCGAGGUUCUACCUGCUCCUCAGGUUCUUGCCGAUCUCUGAGAGAUCAGAUGAUGGCAGCUCAACCCCUACCAUUUGGGCAACAGGACUCCAUGAUGUUUGAAGACAUAGCUGUUUACCUCACUCAGGAGGAGUGGGGCCUUCUGGACUCUGCUCAGAGAGAUCUGUACAGGAAUGUGAUGAUGGAAAAUUAUGGAAACAUAGUCUCUCUAGGAUUUCUAGUGCCCAAACCUGACAUGAUCUCCCAACUAGAGCAAGGAGAAGAGCCAUGGGUCCUGGACAUUCAGGAAGCUAAGGGGAGAGAGGCCCUGAGAGCUGACUGUUCAGACUAUGAGAGUGAGAUUAAGAACAAGAUAUUUGCUCCAAAACAAGAAAUGUCUGAAGAAAUGGAAUCACAGGGGACUUUGUCAAGAAAACUCAAAGUAAAUAGUCUUCAAGGACCUAAGUUUGAAAAAGGUGAACAUGAUGGAAGAUUGAAGUGUCAGAGAAAACCUUUGGGAGAAAGAUUAAGGAAAGUGUCUUCCCAGGAGAAAAAUUUUAGGCCAGGGAAAAUGAUACACAAGAAAAUAUCCACAAAGGAGGGAAGCCAGAAAUGUAAUGACUUUGGGGAAAAUGUCAGUAUGAACUCAAGCUCUGUUAGACAGCCAAGGGUCCCAACGAGGGAAGGACUUCAAUGUGAUACAUGUGGCCAAAACUUCGAAGAAAAUACAGACCUAAUUAACCAUCAGAAAGUUCAUAAAGGAAAGAAACCCUAUAAAGCUAACGUGUAUGGGAAAGUAUUUAGGCAAAGUCCAAUGCUUAAUGAACCUCAAAGCAUUCACAUUGGCCAGAAGUCAUAUAAAAGUAAUAAAUCUACAAAAACCCACAGGCAGAGUUUUAAUGGUAUUAAACAUCAGAAAAUUCACACUAGGCAGAAAUCCUAUGAAUGUAAUGAAUGUGGAAAAAUAUUCAACAUACGAACAUCCUUUAUUCAACACCAGAGAAUUCAUACAGGAGAGAAACCCUAUGAAUGUAAUGAAUGUGGGAAAACCUUCAGUGCUCUCUCAUCUUAUAUUCAGCAUCAUAAAAUCCACACUGGAGAAAAAGCUUAUGAAUGUAAUGAGUGUGGUAAAGCCUUUAUUGCACUUUCAUCUUUUAUUCAACACCGUAAAAUUCACACUGGAGAGAAACCCUAUGAGUGUAAUGAAUGUGGAAAAUCUUUUAGCCAGAGUUCUAACCUUAUCAAACACCAGAGAAUUCACACUGGAGAAAAACCAUAUAAAUGUGACGAAUGUGGUAAAGCUUUCAGUGACCGCUCAUCCUUUGUUCAUCAUCAUAAAAUUCACAAUGGAGACAAACCUUAUGAAUGUAACAAAUGUGGGAAAGCUUUCAGCAAAAACAGAACCCUUAUUCAGCACCAGAGAAUUCAUACUGGAGAGAAACCCUAUGAGUGCAGUGACUGUGGAAAAACUUUUAGCCGGAGCUCUAGCCUUAUUCGGCAUCAUAAAACACAUACUGGAGAGAAACCUUACAAAUGUAAUGAAUGUGGGAAAGCUUUCAGUGCCCAUUCUUACUUUAUUCAGCAUAGCAAAAUUCAUACUGGGGAGAAGAUGUAUGAAUGUCAUGAAUGUGGAAAAGCUUUCAGUAUGCAUGCAUCUUUUUUUCAGCAUUGUAAAAUUCAUAGUGGAGACAAACCCCAUCAGUGUAGUGAAUGUGGAAAAACCUUCAGCCAGAGCUGUAACCUUAUUGAUCACCAGAGAAUUCACACUGGAGAAAAGCCCUUUGAAUGUAAUGACUGUGGCAAAGCCUUCAGUCAGCGAUCUGGCCUUAUUCGACAUCAUAAGAUACACACUGGAGAGAAACAUUAUGAGUGUAAUGAAUGCGGGAAAUCCUUCAGUCAGAGCUUUAAUCUUAUUAAACAUCGGAGAAUUCAUACUGGAGAGAAACCCUAUGAAUGUAAUGACUGUGGCAAAGCCUUCAGUGACCGUUCAUCUUUUAUUCAACAUCAUAAAAUUCAUACUGGAGAGAAACCUUUUGAGUGCAAUGAAUGUGGUAAAGCCUUCCGUCAGAGCUCACAACUUAUUCAUCAUCAGAAAAUUCACACUGGAGAAAAACCCUAUGAAUGUAGUGAAUGCGGGAAAGCUUUUAUUUUAAGCUCCAACCUUAUUCAACACCAGAGAGUUCAUACUGGAGAGAAGCCUUAUGAAUGCAGUGAAUGUGGGAAAGCCUUUAGUCAACACUCUAAUCUUAUUCAACAUCAGAAAAUUCACAAUGGAGACAAAUCCUAUCAGUGUAGCGAAUGUGGAAAAGCCUUUAUUCUGAGUUCUAACCUUAUUCAGCAUCAGAGAGUUCAUACUGGAGAGAAGCCUUAUGAGUGUAAUGAAUGUGGGAGAGCCUUUAGUCAGCGAUCACAGCUUAUUCAGCAUCAGAGAAUGCACACUGGAGAGAAACCUUAUGAGUGUAAUGAAUGUGGGAAAUCUUUCACUGCACGUUUAUCCCUUAUUCAACAUACGAGAAUUCACACUGGAGAAAAACCCUAUGAAUGUAAUGAAUGUGGUAAAGCCUUCCGUCAGAGCUCUCACCUUAUUAAUCAUCAAAGAAUUCACACUGAAGAGACUCUGUGAUAGCUAUGUCACUAUAAGAUUUCUGCUUUGAAAUUCAGCUCUGAGAGGUUUAUUUAUCUCAAAAUUUUAUUCCUUUAAUUUUGGAAUUCUAUCACUGGUUGGUAGAAGGGUCCCUCUAUCAUAUGGCCUAAAAAUCCACUAUUUAAAGAAGGUACUUUAGAGUAAAACUUCUUAAACUGUGGGUUGCAGACCCAUAUGGGGUCUCUUAACUGAAUGUGGGGGUCACAAAAAUUUGGCAACAGUAAAAGGUCAUCUACACCUAUUUUAUAUACCUAUAUGUCCAGGGUCACAUAAUUUAUUAGGCAAAAAGGAGUCAUGAGUGGAAAAAAUUUAAGAAGCCCUGCUUUAGAACAAAAUGUUAUUACAAACAAAAUUCAAAAAAUAUUUUUAUGUAUUGAGUGCUGAUAUGUUCUUGCUAGUAUGGAGGAUACAAAAACAUAAUUCAGAGAACCUGCUCUCAAUUUACAAUCCAGUAUGGAAGCUAAAAUAUACAUAUAAAGAUAACUAAUGCAAUAUAAAUGUGAAAGUGUGAGGUUAAAGAUGUACAAGUUCUAUAGGCCUUCAAAAGAAGGAAAAGUCACAUCUAGAUGGAAAGGUCAUGAAUGGUUUUGUCACAAAUAAAAUUAUAUGGGAUCACCCUAUUACUGUCCCAAGUUUAGGGAAAAUUAGCUAGGGUUUAUCAUAUAUUUGUUACUUAAACUGGGGCAUUAAGCAUUUAUUAAAGCAUAUUAAAUAUUAAUAAAGAGAGCGCAUGACCCAAAAAGUUAAGGAGAGAUAAAUGGGAACCAUAGUGGUCUGCAUCUGCUCGUACUAAGUUCCCACGCCUUCCCUGAAGGAAGGAUGAGAGGUGGUCCUUACACACAGCUUAAAGCUAAUUGGCUAGCAUCAUUCAAAUCUAUUGGCUCACUGGAUUUGAGGGUGGUUUGGUGCAGCGUGUGCUGAUGUCAGA